UAUUUUUAGGGCAAAUGUGUAGAACCCUCGAGAAAUCAGAUUAAACCCCAGUCUGGCUCAAAAAGAAAUCAAGAGUGGAAAAUCAUGGCAUUGCUGGAGAGAAAAGACAUGGCUGAUGUGAAUAACAAUAUCAAUAAUAAUAGUAGCACAGGUACUGAAGUCUCUUCGAACAUGACUAUUUACAUCAAUAACCUCAACGAAAAAAUCAAAAUCGAUGAGUUGAAGAAAGCUCUGCACGCUGUGUUCUCGCAAUUCGGGAAGAUACUGGAGAUAUUGGCAUUCAAGACAUUGAAACACAAAGGGCAAGCUUGGGUUGUUUUUGAGGAUGUUCAGUCUGCCUCUAAUGCCAUGAGGCAAAUGCAGUCUUUCCCCUUUUAUGAUAAGCCCAUGAGAAUACAAUAUGCAAAAACUAAAUCAGAUAUUGUAGCAAAGGCUGAUGGUACUUUUGUUCCACGGGAAAAACGAAGGAGGCAUGAGGAAAAAGGGAAAAAGAAGAAAGAUCAACAUGAUACUAAUCAAGUGGGAGUGGGUCUGACUCCUGCAUAUGGCAGCGCCUACGGGACAACACCUCCUCUUUCUCAAAUACCCUAUCUAGGUGGUGUGAAAUCUAUGGUCCCUGAGGCUCCAGCUCCUCCAAAUAACAUUCUGUUUAUUCAAAAUCUUCCCAAUGAGACUACUACAAUGAUGCUGCAAAUGUUAUUCCAGCAGUACGCUGGUUUUAAGGAGGUCAGGAUGGUGGAAACAAAGCCUGGGAUUGCCUUUGUGGAGUACGGAGAUGAGAUGCAAUCAACAGUCGCUAUGCAUGCACUUCAGGGUUUCAAGUUACAGCAGAAUUCAAUGUUAAUUACCUAUGCCAAGAAAUAGACAAAUAUGAAAUGGUUUUUGGCUAGUCGUAGGAGAGAGCUAACACAAGGACCUUAAACUUCUUGUAACUGUUCCCUAUAUCUUUUUUAAUCUUAGUUUGAAUAUGAGGUUAAGAUUUUUAAUGUAUCAUUGUAGUUAUGAA